AUGAGCGAAUCACAAAUAUCUGAUUCAGAUCAAUCUACUAAGUUAAUGAAAAUGACAAAUCUUGAGGAACCGACUUAAUAGCAAGACCUUAACCAAUAAACUUAAAGUUAAUCAGCAGCAAACAGCAACUCUUAAUAAAACACUCCAAAUCAGCAGAGAUACUAGCCAAAUAAAAAGACAAAUACCUAAUCGGGAAGUAAGAAAAUUUUAUCAAUGGGAUUAAGAAACAGAAAAGUAUUGAAUAACCCUUAGAGAAACAGUGGGCAGCUUUAAAAUGCUAAUACAAAUGAACAAGUUGCAGUAAUCUAAAAUAAACAUUAAACAAACAUUGAAACUCAAAAUAACAUCACUAUGAAUAUCCAAUUUCAAGAAAAUAGAAAUAGUUCGGAUCCUUAAAAUACUAUCAGUAAUUUGAGAGUUUUUAGAUUAGGUACAUCCACGUCAUCAGGGCAACAAAGUGCGCAAUCAUCAAAACCUAAUUCUAGCAAUUCAUCUUAAAACUUAGAGAGAACCAACAAAGCUAUUAAGGAUACUAAGAAGGAGAUAGUAAGUUCUUGCGACAAGAUAAUCAGUUUCUUCAUCAACACUGUCAUAAUCAAAUGCAUUAGAUUAGCGCUUUACUUUGGCUAUGCUUGCAUUUAUAUCUGUGCCAUACCUUUGAACUUCCUAAGUCUUUUGGGGGAUAUUCUUUUUGGCAGGUCUCGAUUAAUUACCAAAACUUCAGCAAAAAGCCAGCAAGACAAGAACUAAAAUGGAUGCUUUAAGUGCCGAUCUAAAUCCAAUUAGGAGUAAGCGCAGUAUGAAAGAGAAUAAAAGCGCCGAUUAUAGUCAUUUAUCGAGAGUGAGACUUGCUGUGCCAAUUGUCAAAACAAUAAUCAAAACUCAUGUCAGUAAAAACAUGGAAUAUAGAAAUCUUCUACAAGAAGGCUUUAGGUAGUCUUGGACUUAGACAAUACUCUGAUACACAGUAUAAAUACUCAGCCUAGCACUAAUGAAUCCAAUUAUUUUCCAAUUAAAAACAACAUAUUUGUCUUCAAGAGGCCUCACAUGGAAUAUUUUUUGAACGAAUUAUUUAAGAUUGCUGAUGUAAUGGUUUUCACUGCCAGUAUGUAAGAUUAUGCUGACCAAAUUCUUGAUGUAAUUGACCCAUAGAAUAAAUUCAUCAAACGAUUUUAUAGACAUGUAAGUAUCAAGAAAUUCCCAAUAUUUUUAGGAUUGCAAGAAAGAUGA